AAAACAACACUCGGAAUGCUUCGGAAAAUGGCAGCCUCCGUAAAAAGCAAUGUGUUGAAAAAUAUCUCAAAAGAAAUGGGCUCUGAGGCAAAAAACUCUGGCUCUAUCUUUAAAUCUAAACUUAAUCCAGUCACAGGAAAGAUGGAAUGGGCGUUAGAAGUCGAAGACUUUGAUUUCCAUCAAGAAAUAGCCAGGUCUGCCUAUGCUGAUAUGCUUCAUGAUACUGAAAGAAACAAAAAAUAUGACCUGGCAUUACAGAAGGCUAUUCAAACAAUGCACCAGCAAGGAAAGAAAGCAAAUGUGUUGGAUAUAGGGACCGGGACUGCACUAUUGUCUAUGAUGGCUGUCAGGGCAAAGGCAGAUUCAGUCACAGCUUGUGAGGCAUUUUCUCCUAUGGCAGGAUGUGCUCUCAAAGUCAUUAAUGCAAAUGGCUUCAAAGACAAGAUCAAAAUAAUCCCAAAGAGGUCUACAGAAAUAAUAACUGGAGAAGGUGGCGAUAUGCCAACGCGAGCAAACAUUCUGGUAACUGAGGUGUUUGACACGGAGCUGAUCGGCGAGGGGGCAAUCUCAACAUUUGACCAUGCGCACAAACAUUUACUGGAAAAAGACUGCAUCGUAGUCCCGUCACUCUCCAACAUGUAUAUCCAAGUUGUCCAAUCAGAAUUCCUCUGGAGAUGUAAUCGUCUGCAGCCAGUUAAGGUAAAAGGUGUGGGAGAACUCCGGCAGCCCACAGAGACAGCUCAGUGUCCUGGUUCAGCUGCUGUGUACGAUUUACAAUUGGACCAACUCGUUGAGGGAAAAGACUUUCGCCCAAUUACGGAACCUUUUAAAAUAUUUAAGUUCGACUAUUCUGGUAAAACUCCAAUAGAGUAUAACCGAUCACAGGCAGCUGUUUUACGUACACUACGGGCAGGCCACUGCCAUGCUGUAUUCAUGUGGUGGGACUUGCACAUGGACAUGGAUGCCGAUAUCAUACUCAGUUGCGCUCCAAGAUGGGCACAUCCAGAACCAGAUAAAAUGCAGUGGCGAGAUCAUUGGAUGCAGGCCGUUUAUUACCCCCACGAGGCAGUGACCGUUGAGGAGGAAGAAGACAUCGGACUACACGCCACUCAUGAUGAGUUCAGCCUCUGGUUCGACGUGUCCACGCAUCGACGUCCUGCCGUAAACCAAACUGACCCUCCGGUAUGUCAUUGUGGCAGCCAUGUUGCUUGUAGCCGAUCACGGAUCUUGAUGUUGAACAACCAGAAAAAACAUGACAAGUAUAUAGAGACAUUGAAGGAGGUAAUUACCGAGGACAGUGUUUGCGUGUGCAUUUCAAAUGGCUCAUAUCUUCCAUUCAUCGCUGCUAAACUUGGAGCCAAAAAGGUGCUAACUGUUGAAUCCAAUAACUUCCCGAGGAGAUGUGCCGACUUGUACCUCCGAGAAAAUGGCCUGGAAGACCAAGUCCUGGUGCUCGAGAGUCUCGAUCAAAUAGAAAAUAAUCUUCAUGGCAAAAAGAUCGACAUCCUAAUGGCAGAACCCUUCUUCUCCUUCGCAGCCCUGCCAUGGCACAACUUGUAUUUUUGGUAUGCCCACUCAGACAUAAGGCAGCUUUGUCAUGACAGCACAGUGGUUCUACCUCGGCAAGCUGUUCUCAAGGCAGUGGCGGUCCAGUUUGAUGAUCUGUGGAAGAUCAGGGUCCCCAUUGGUGACUGUGAGGGUCUCAACUUGGAUCAUUUUGAUGCGUUGAUGGCAGAUUCGUCGGAUCUCGUGGACCCAAUGGUGGAGGCCCAGCCACUCUGGGAGUAUCCAGGUAUCGCCCUGACACAGCAAACAACCCUAGCAGAUUUUGACCUUGCUAGUAUUGUGCCAAAUGAACAGAUUCAGUCAGAAAAGGAGCUCACAAUAGAAUGCGCUGGACAUUGUAAUGGAGUAGCGAUCUGGCUGGACUACGUCUUGGGGAAAGAUCAUACUGUAACCACUGGUGCCAUAGAACCCAUCAUCCCAGGGGAGAAGGUCACGUGGACCCCAGAUAUCCGACAGGGCGUCCAUCUAUUCAGGACUCCACAAUCUGUGACUAAAGACUCGGCCGUCAAGAUAAUUACAAAGUUUAAUCCUAAAAAUGGAGAUAUAGACUUUAGUUUUUUGGUGUCGUAAUGUUAAGGGUCGGGGUAAAAGAAUUUACAAUGUAUGAAGGGGCAACAAGUACGGAUGGCGAUAUGCUCUGUGAUUCCCUAACAGUCUUCUAGAUGAAUCAGUGUCUGUGACAUGUCAAAGUAUUAUCUCUAUACUGCUGUAUGUGAAGAUUUUUAUUCAAUACAUGUACAUGUAAAACAUAAAACAA